ACAAUUGAUGAUUGUCAAUAUUGCAUAUGCAGUUUAUGAUCAGUCAUUCUUUUCUUUUUGCAGUUCUAUGAAUGAAGUGGUGCAUACCUCUCCUACGAUAGGCAGCAAUGUAGAAGAGAUAGUGGUUAACAACACACGUUUUCUAAUGUGGGAUAUUGGAGGGCAAGAGUCUCUUCGAUCUUCAUGGAAUACUUAUUAUACAAACACAGAGGAUUUAAAGAAAGCAGGUUUGCUUAUUUUUGCUAACAAACAAGAUGUUAAAGAGUGCAUGACGAUAACUGAAAUAUCCCAGUUUCUGAAACUAACUUCAGUUAAAGAUCACCAGUGGCAUAUCCAAGCAUGCUGUGCUCUAACUGGCGAGGGAUUGUGCCAAGGACUUGAAUGGAUGAUGUCAAGACUUAAAAUCAGAUGAUUUUUAAUGAUCUCUUUGCACCAACAUUGCAUACAAAAGUGCUGUACUUAUGGAUACCUUAGUUACCUGUACCUAUGGUAACUUGCAAAAUUAAUGGGUUAGAUGUAUUUAUAAUAAACUGAUUUCAACUUUAUUUUCUACACACGUCUUUGAAAACAGAUGAAGAUGAAAGCUCUAGUUUAUUUUCCCAUUAGUUUACUCUGAAGAUAGGUUUAAAAACUGUAGUUGACGUUCUUCUCAAGAUAAAGCCACUCAGGACUAUGUGUGGUGAGUAUGAAGUAAGAGAGAGGAAUUUUUAACUUUACAUUUUAUAUUCCAAUAUAACUCUCCUAGUUGAAGGUGUUGACCUCGUUAUUCCAGUAAAUUAGCAAGCAAAUCAGUGGUAUAGGUAUUGACUUUCCAGUAUUUUAAAAACUUGUUGAAAUGUGCUACAGAUACAAAAAUAUUUUCCUCUGUGUAUUGUACAUAUUUGUGUAUAUUUAUACCUCAAGUUUAGGUUAACCGAAAUCUGUUCCAAGAAAAAGUGAAUAACACUGAAUCUCGGUGUACUGAGAAUAGUACUAAUGUUGAGAUUGUUGACAUGUCACAACUGCUUUUCCUUUGUUCUCUGUACUGCUCUAACCUUCACCAAAUAAUUGGUGCACCAUUUCUUUAUAAAGUGAAAUCUCUUAAGACUAGUGGUUUUUAUACUUCUCCAUAUAUAUAUAUAUACUCUGCUACUGAGAAUGAUCACAAAAAGGGAUAGUGUGUCUGAAUGUGGAUUUUAUACUUUGUUCAGUAUUGGCAACUAACUUCAAUUCUUUGCUAAAUGGUAAAGAAUCCAAAAAGUUAGCAUUCUCAUUUUGUUAGGUAAGACCAUUCCAAAAAAUGCCCGUGUUCUGCUUUGCUUUAUGCUAUCAUGUUGAGUAUUUAUGAUAGAUUCCUAUCUAGGGGGUAAAUCUUAACCAUUAAUAAAGGGGAAAUGUGUCUUAGUUUUCCUUAUGCAAAGAAGUGACCAAAAAAGUGUGCUAUAAUGUUCUCACCAGAAAUCUUACAAAACAGUCUAUCUUGUAUUGGUAUUUUCAGAGGAAGAGGACACUGACUGGUAAUAAUCCAAAAUUGCUGAAGUAACUAUUUGUAUAUGUGUAUAAGAGACUGAUGUGGUAGAGAGGAAAGAAUACACUUUUCCACUGUAAAUGAUGCUUGAUUCUGCUGCUAUAGAAGUCCCUGUGAAAACUCAGAAUUAAAUGAUGCGUUAGCAUCAUAAUGCUGAGGCCCCAACUGAAUGGUCACGAUUCAUAGGGAAUAUGCAAAGAAUUAUGAGAAUCAUGACUAUCUUGUCCUUCCUAUAUUGGUAAAUGGGCAUAGUGUGGGACGGUCCUAAUAUAGAAAUAGUUGAGAACCACUGGUGUAAAGGAUUUUGGUUCUUCAUGAGUAUGACACUUGGGUGGUGUGAAAUGUUAUUCAUAUAAUGAAAUGUGAGCAUAAUCACAGAUUUUCUGUCUUAUUCUGUAGAUAUGUAUAUUUAAGUAAUAAUAUUGUAAAACUAGACAAAAGUGUAAGGACAAGACCAUUUUAAACCUGGUUUAAUUUUUAAGGCAGUUAUGAACUCAUCUUUAGAAGAUGAGAUUGUGAAACACAUCCAAUUUCCAUUUAAUUUAGUUUAGUUCAUUUGUGUACUGCAUUGUAUUGGUUAAAAUGUUGACAUAGUAUUCAUGGGGACAAUAAUGAAGACCACUUCAAAAGUGUGUAUUUAACAACUGAAUUGUCCCAAGUAUGAAAUAUAACUUUCUGAUGUAGUUAGGAAAUCUCUUUUGCUAAUUGGCUGAUGGAGGUUCUGCUGUGUCCAUUUUUUAAAAUUCAUACAUACAUGCCUUUUAUGUAAAUAAAUGUAUGUAUGAGAUCAGUGUUAUUAACUAACUGGUAUAUUGCAUAAUGUGUGAAUGUUUAAAGGAAAAAAUAACAAUGAAAAGACUGUUUAAGUUUAUCUGCAGGUAUUUUCGAGAAACAAAAAUGCAUCUUUUGAACACAGAAAUGAAUAAUUUUAGCUUUCCUACUCUAACAAAAAAUAAAAUACUGGACUUAACUUACAUCCGUAAUUUUCAUCUUCAAAUACCGCAACUAUUCUUUUUUUGAGAUUUUCUUUCAUGCUUGAAGUGCUAUAUUCUUUUGUCUGAAUCGCUGUUGCUUUUAAAUUGUAACUUUUUUUAUAAGAUAAAAAUCGCUCUUAACGGAAUAUGAAAUACAAAACUGUAUUCAUGUAAAAUUUUUAAAAAUAUUUUCUUGGAAUUUGCUGUUCUUACCCUGUUCAGGUUUUUAUGGCUUAAAAUGUUUCCCUAAUAAAUAGCAUGGCUGAAGGGAAUCUAUAAAUAUUGUUCUAAAGCAUGACUUAUAUGUCGAACAGGGUUUGGAAGCCUUCUAAUAGUUCACAUGCAUUAUCUUCCCUCUUCCAGGUGAUGGGGAAACCAUCCAUUUCUCUCUCAAUGCGGUAGCCAAAUAUCCAUGUGAUUUUAUUAUUUGUGUUGAAGUAGUGGCAAGAGGUCCCCAUUAGGAGUCAAUAUCUUAUUGCAUGCACAGGGCACAGCAUUCACACUCAAUAAAUUGUUCCAGGCCCAAAGUGUUUUUAAUAUAACCACCCAUAGACAAUCUGAUGGGCUUUGAGAAGCAGUGAAGCCUUAAUUAAGGGUAAAUUAGGCAAUCCACCCACUUUUUCCUGCUAACUUCAAUGUUUCAUAUGUGUGGUUUAGGUUUAAACUUACUUUUAAAACUAAUGGUGAUCCCAUUUAAACAGAAAGCAAGGUUGUCUUUCUCCUCUAGUCAGGACCUGUUACUUAAUAUGCAUGUGGCUUCACCAGCAUUGUAUGUUUGGAGAAUUGUUGAUUUAUAAACUGGUAAUAAUCAAGAGGGGAUAUGUAUGAAACUGAUAUGAAUCUUGUGUUUAUUCUUAAGUAAAAUUAAGCAACUGAUUAUAACUAUCUCUUGCUUAUGAUAUUCAUUGCACCUUUUAGAAUGUGGAAUUUUUUUUCAGGGGUAAAACAGAUAAUCUUGAAGAUUUAAGCAGGUAGUAUUGUCUAGUAGUUUAGAGUACAGGACCAGGGAUAGGAGAUUUGGGUUUUAAUCAUGGUGAUCUUGAGUGAUUCAUUAAUCUUUCCUUUGUCUCCAUUCCCGUAUCUAAAAUGAGGAUAGCAGUUACCAUAUUUGCCUCACCGAGGGGGUUGUGAGGCUUCAUUAAAGUUUAUCAAGUACUCAGGUUUAAGGCACCAUACAAAAUAGAAUUUUUGCACCCAGAUAUUAAGAUGAUGGCCUUGGCAGAAAAGUAUGUAGUAAGAUUCUGUCUGCCUGAAGGUGUUUUAAGAGAAUUUGUGCAUUUCUUCCAAAUUAUUGUAACAUGAACUUUUUACACAGAAUGUGUAAGCAUCUGUAUGCAGUUAAUGCCUGUUGGUUUUAUCCCAUUGCAGACCCCUCUUUGCUCUCCAUCUUAAUGUAUAGCUCCUUGUUAUGCAUGGAGAUAUCUGAAUUAAGUUAUAAUUAACAUAUGUUAAGGCUUAAUUCUGUACAUAGAAGAAAUUCUUUUUUGCAUAUAUGCUAUUCCCUAAUUCCAUUAACUCUCUAACACCACUCCAAUUCUGAACAGUUAAAUUAAAUAGUGAGUGACACAACUUCAUUUGUGCUGCCCUUGGUAAUGUUCUGGAGUUCCAUCUUCUCCCUAUCUUGGCUUUUAUACACAUUUCUUUUAUAUAAGCUUAACUCCCAGUUGAAAUGUAGAGUCCUGUACAUAACUCCCACUGAGAUCAGUGCCAGCUGAGGGUAAUAUAUCGUCUUUGGUAUACAGCUUGGGAAUGUGAUUUUUUGUUGUUUUGUUUUUAAGUUUCUUGUAUGCCUCAAAAUGACCUUAAUAUUUAAAGGUUUGCAUUUCAGUUUUCCACAGAUGGAUAUUCACAGCUCAGAGGUACACUUGAUGGAUGAAUAAUUUGUUAUAUGGUCCAACUGCCACUAGUAUCUUGAAAAAUAAAUAACUGCAUGUAGAUUAACUCUUUUUUUAAACAAAAAAGGUUACUAGGACAUUUAGCAUGGAGAAUUUUGGAGAAUAGAUCAGCAAUACAUGCAGAUAUCUAGCCUCGUAAUUUUCAUUGUACUGCAGGGAGACAUGGUAGCUAAAUUCCUAUGCAUUGUACUGAAAAAAUAUUCCUAAUUGUACAUGACUGCUAGAUGUAUUUGAUAGACACCUACCAAAAUCUGUGAAGCUCAAAACUUUCUAUGUAGUAAUUUAUUUUUCCUUAUUCUAGUUAGUUUGUGUAUACCAUGUUAUGUACAUGCAUCUAGCUGUGUGAAAACAAGUGGUGGUGUCCCUUCCUACCUCCCAGUUUAACCUAUACUUGAUGACCAAUUAACAUUUUUUUUACACAAUAUUCAGAACCUUCUAUACCCAUACAUUCCGAACAUUUGAGUUUCCCACAAUUAUCAGUUAUUGUGUAGAUGAAAGCUUAUCUUGUGGGAGGGAGGGUAACUUACUCUCUUAACAUAUCAGCUCCAAAGUAUAGGAAACUGAGUUCCGAUAACAUUUAAGUAUAUGACUUAAACUCAGAAAGCAAGGAAAUUUAUGGUAAGAGAAGACUCAUUCAAGUGUUCCUUCAUAUAAAAACAUUUAAGUGGAAUUUUUUUAAUUGGCUACAUUAAAAAAAAAUUGGAUUGAUAGUAGCAAAGUUAUUACCAGUAUGUCUGGAAAGCAGUUUUUCAGAGAAUCCAUUCAAAUGAAUGUAAUAUCAAGCCUUUAAAUAGUCCAUUCUUCAGUGUUAUAAGUUAAGGAUGGUAUGGUACUGCAUAAAGACAGGAUAUAAUAAAAGAGACUGAAGAUAGUCUGUGUAUUAUAAUGAGAUACAAUAUUGCAAAUCAUAAUGUAUAUAAUUGAGGUGAGAAAAUGCAUUUAAUGUAAAGAUCUGAAAAAAAUGAUUGUAAAGAAG